AUGAUAGAAAAGCCCCAUCUAAACUUAUAUAUCCAUCCAUGUUUAAAUGCGGCACUUUGGUAUAUUGCUAAAAUUCACUAUAUUUAUGGAGAAAUUCCUUCUGAGAAUCAUGUUAAACGAGAAUGUGCCGAUGGGGCCGGAUAUAUAAUGGAUGCCGAUAAAUUUCAACUGGUUUAUGUAGAAGGCGCAAAACCUAAAGCAAAAGAAGAUAAAGAACUGGCAGAUGCAGAUAAAAUAUCAAGAAAUUUAAAAUCAAUGUUUUUAUCGAUCGUAAAGCAGAUUACUGACAGUAGAAGACGUAUCCCAAAUAGAAUAGCUAUUUUUGGAGGACAAAUUGAUAACGCAAAUCUUCCUCGAGAUUUUAAUGAGAUGACAGAUUUCAUAUGGUAUUAUGAAUGCAUAAUUAAAUGGGCCUUGCUUGCUUACGACAUGACACUAAAGUUUGAUGAGAUGAAAAAUCAAAAAAGGCCAUCAAGAGAUUUCUAUUCAAGGAAUAUGCGUUUGCUUGAUGAUCUUAAAAUUGAACAAGGAAUUUAA